ACCUCCUUUUUUCUCUCUCUCCUUUCAUCAGUUCUGUCUUCAGUGUCCGGAAAUCCCAAAUUCCCAAUCUCUCCUCUCCUGCCUCCGCAAGCGUGCGCCUAAACCCUAGCUCGCCUCCCGAUGGCGCCGAAGAAGCGAAAAGCCGAUCCGGCCGAGCCCGCCGCCGCCGCGGAGCCAGCCGCCGGGAACCACCGCCAGGAACCGGCGUCCUCCGAGAACAAGCCCCGCGGUACCAUCUACUUCCCCAUCACUGACGACCCGGAGCCUACCGCCUCCGCCGAGGAGGACGAGGACGAGGUCGCCGUCGACGAUGAGGACGAGGCGGAGGACAUCGGGAAGCUCCUCGAGCCGCUGUCGCGGGAGCAGCUCGUGUCGCUACUCCGCACGGCCGCGGAGGCGAGCCCCGUCACGAUGGCGGCCGUGCGACGGGCCGCGGAGGCCGACCCCGCGAGCAGGAAGCUCUUCGUCCACGGCCUCGGGUGGGGCGCCGGCGCCGACGACCUCCGCUCCGCGUUCUCACGCUUCGGCGAGCUCGAGGACUGCCGCGUCAUCUCCGACAAGCAGUCGGGCAGAUCCAAGGGCUACGGGUUCGUCCUCUUCCGCUCCCGCCACGCUGCGCUCCGCGCCCUACGCCGUCCCCAGCUCCAAAUCGGAGGUCGUCUUGCUUUCUGCCACCUCGCCGCCUCAGGUCCCGCACCCCCAGCCUCUCAGUCUCAGAACCCUACCUCCAAUGCCAACACCAAUUCCAACUCCAACUCCGGUACCACCAACAAUGCUUCUGGCUCCUCAUCCUCGCAACCCGAUAACAUGCCACGCAAGAUAUUUGUUGGUAAUGUGCAUGCUGAUGUGGACGUCGACCGCCUAUAUGAGUACUUCUCGCAAUUUGGUGAGAUUGAGGAGGGGCCCUUGGGCUUCGACAAGAACACUGGCAAACCCAAGGGAUUUGCAUUGUUUGUUUACAAGUCUGUGGAGGGUGCCCGCCGUGCAUUGGAGGAGCCAAUGAGGAAUUUUGAUGGCAAGAUGCUCAACGUGCAGAAAGCUAUAGAUGGGAGGACCAAGGGCUCAUCUGGGACAAAUGCAAAUGCUAAUUCUAAUGCCGCCACUGCCUCUGCGGCCGCAGCCGCACAAAUGACUGCUCCUGCCAGUGCUGCCAUUAGCCCAUAUGAUGCAUCAGCGUAUGGUACUACUGCUGUUACUGACUUGGGUUUUGCACAGCAAGCUGCUAUGCUGGGAUUAGGUGCACAACAACAGGCAUUUGCGCAGCCCAAUGCAAUGCUUGCCAUGAUAGCGGCAAUGCAGAACCCAGCCGCGCUGGGGAUGACGCCAGCCAUGCUUGCAGCUAUGAACCCGGCCUUUGCUGCUGCUGCACUGAGUGCUGGGGGGCAGCAGGCACACACAGCUGGUCUUACAGGUUUUGGAGCUCAGGGAUUUGGGACACAGGCAUUUGGAGCUGGAGGUGCCACUUUCCCAAAUGCAGCGGGUGUUCAAGCUGCUGCAGCUGCUGCAUAUCAAGGAGGUGGAGCUCCCCCUGGUUUUCAAGGGCCACCUGGGUUUCAGGUCGGCCAAGCAACUACCCAGACUAGUACUGCAGCGGCUGCGGCGGCAGCUGCUGCCAGUGCUGCUGGUUAUCAGGCUGGGGCUGCUGGGCAGGGCCAAGUGCCUGGUGCUCAGAUCGGGGGCACUGGUUUUCAGGGUGGAUACUGACGGAACUAGUAUGGCAUCUGCGGGUCGUGGUUGGUUCAUGUGAUUUUCCAUUCGGAUGGCUUUUAAGUCUAUGUUGGCGCCAAAAUGUUGCGAAAGGGUUCCUGCUGUUGACUUUACCAGAUUUGACAGAUACCUUUGUGGCAGUAUUUGAAGGAGGAACUUUCUUGAAGAAUUAUGUUGUUUUUAUUGCCUACAAUGUAGUUUUGCUAUUGCGGAUUAUUAUGUACUUUAUGAUCUGUAUUGGAUUUCAUGUACCGAAAUAUCUGUAUUUUGACAAUUUGGCUGUUAUCUGGUCUCAUCAGCAAUAUCAAAUGGUUUUUCUGGGCAGUCGAAGACAUUUUAAUUGCAGUUGCAGUUGCUGUGCUGUUUGGAUGUAUGGCCAUGGGUGGGUAUUGAUGGCUUUUGCCUUCAACUUGGAACUUGGAAGUUUCUGCUUUGAUGUUGGGUUCAGGACUACAGCAUUUAAGAUCUUAAAUAUCUUGCAGCUUUGUUGCCUUUCAAUUUUAUUUCUAAAUUUGCCUGGUGUUUAAUAGUAGCUGUGUAGAUUGAUUGAAUUUAUUAUGUGUACCGUGCUUUAUAAAGUGAACUUGAGGGAUAGAGCCUAGCUUAUGGUAUCUCUGUUUGCUAUUUAGUGUUCCUCGAGAAGUUCUCUGAGAUUGAAGCAUACCAGUUGGAGCUCUUUUUUGUGCCAUGAUUACUUUGUUAUACAUGCUCAUACCCUGUCGCCCUGACACUUCAUAACUGGAUUACUAAUUAAAUUAGCCACUUUCCUGAACUAUACCUCCUCUUUAGUUGAUUUUUUUCAUUAAUUGCUUAUGUUAGGAUAUGAUGGAUAAGGACAAUUGAAAGGUUGUUCUUGGCUUCUUGCAAUCUUCCUAUUAGAUUCAAAAAGGCAAUAAGACUUUUGAUUACAGCAAUAAGACUUUUGAUUACCAGAACUAGAAUUUGUUCUUACUUUCUUAAAAUAAGAAGAAUUUUUUCUUACUGCUGGUAGAUGACUAAGCUGUUGAACCCUCUCUAUCUAGAAGCUCAAUGGUGACCUCUGAAUUUUGAGUCGUCAUGAGAACUCCUGAAUAGGCCAGGAUUAAACUGCUAAGUCGUAUCAAUAAUUUUUAAUCCUUAUGCAUGCAACCAGGCCACUAUGUUUUCUUUUCAGAACAUGAAAGUAGCAGGACUAUUCAUGGGCUAUGGAACUGUUGUAUUUAUUUCAACAUGGAAAUUAGUUUUUGCUUUCAAUGGUCUACAUGACUGGCUGGUCGUGGUUGUUUUAUCUUGGUACUUUUGGGCAAUGUUUGUUUCUAGAUAUGAUUAAUACUGCUAUAUUUGAAGUAAUACAGUUGGAACUUGGCACAUGACCAAUUUCCAAUUGAUCUAACAUGGUUUAUCACAUUGCAAUUUCUAAAAUACAGUAAUAGCUCAUAUAGUGCUGAAAGCACACUUCAGCUAGUUGGUGGCACAGGCCAGGCUAGGUCACCUUCUGUUUGACAUUUCUGUUAUUUUUUUUCUUUGGGUUUUUAGAUUGAUGGGCACCCUGCUCUUCAGACUCUAAGCCCAUGCGCAGAUCUCAGCUCCCUGCGACUUUUGCUUAAUCCAUUAAUUCAUCUUAGCACUAGCAAAUUCU